UGAGAGAGAGAGUGAGAGAUGGAAAAGCAAGGAAAGAGACGACUCCGGGUGGUGCUAGUACCAUUACCGUUCCAAGGCCACAUAAACCCAAUGCUUCAGCUGGGCAGCAUCCUCCGAUCCAAUGGCUUCUCCAUCACAGUCGUACACGCCCAAUACAGUCCCCCCGACCCUUCAAGCCACCCCGAUUUCAGCUUUCUUUCCUUGCCAGAUACCUCUUCUGACUUCAACGUCUUAACUAGCGACGCAUUUGAUUUUGUAUUGCAGCUUAAUGCCAAAUGCAAAGCUCGUUUCCGAGAAUGUUUGGCUGCAGAUGAGGCAACAGGAGCCGACGAUGGAAUAGCCUGCAUUAUCUACGAUGAGUUCAUGUUCUUCUCUGAAGAAACGGCAAAGGAUCUGAACCUUCCAAGCAUCAUCUUACGCACAUCUAGUGCUUCCAAUUUUCUUGCUCGUACUGCCCUUAUCCAACUCAAGACAGAAGGCCACAUUCCCUUCCCAGAAUCUAGGUCACAGGAUCCAGUUCCAAAGCUUUAUCCACUCAGGUUCAAGGAUCUACCUUUCUCCAUUUUUACAAAUUUAGAGAACUUUUUGCAAAUGGUGAGCAAAACUUCUAACAGCAAAACAUCUUCAGCCAUCAUUCAUAAUACAAUUAACUGCCUUGAAAAUUCAUCAUUGGCAAAGAUUCAACAGCAAUGUCAAAUUCCUAUCUUUCCAAUAGGCCCUAUGCAUAAGAUUGCCUCGGCCUCCUCUAGUAGCUUAUUGGAAGAGGACAGUAGCUGCUUGGCUUGGCUUCAUAAGCAAAGUUGUAACUCUGUUAUUUAUGUAAGCUUAGGAACCAUAGCAUUCAUGGACGUCAAAGAGUUUGUUGAGAUGGCUUGGGGCCUAACGAACAGCCAGCAAUCUUUCUUGUGGGUGGUUCGACCGGGCUCAGUUUGCGGUGCGGAAUGGAUUGAGGUAUUGCCCGAAGGUUUGAAAGAAAACAUUGACGAGAGGGGUUAUAUUGUGAAAUGGGCACCCCAAAAGAAAGUUCUAGCACACAAUGCAGUGGGAGGGUUUUUGAGCCAUUGUGGAUGGAAUUCAACACUAGAGAGUAUUUGCGAAGGAGUUCCAAUGAUAUGCAAACCGUGUUUCGGGGACCAGAGAGUGAAUGCAAGGUAUGUGAGCCACGUAUGGAGUGUAGGCUUGGAAUUGGAGAGUGAGUUGGAGAGAGGUGAGAUAGAGAGAGCUGUAAGAAGACUUAUAGUGGAUGAAGAAGGGAAAGAAAUGCGGAAGAGGGGGAAGAAUUUGAAAGAGAGAAUCGAACUUUGCAUUAAAGAAGGUGGUUCCUCUAACAACUCCUUGAACGAACUAAUAGAGAUGAUCAUGUCAUUUUAAUACCAUUGAUGCUUUGAACAAAACUAGACUUCAUGAAAGCCCACGAUUAUUUGCUAAUUUGCAAGAGAGUUUGUUAUUAUUAUCUGGUUGGAGCGGUAAUUUUUAUUAUUAUUAUUA